AUGACAAAAUCAACUCCAACCAGCCCUCUCUCCCUCUGCCUCUUCCUCUGUCUCAUCUUCUCGCUUCCAUUUCAGGCCUCACCAUCACCGACCACAGAGGCGCAAGCUCUUGUCAAAUGGAAGAACUCUCUCUCUCCUCCUCCUCCACCACCUUCUCUGAGCUCAUGGUCACUCACCAACAUCACCCAUCGCUGCAACUGGACUGGCAUUGCCUGCAACGAUGGCGGGUUGGUCUCAGAGAUCAUCCUCUCCAGCAUAAGCCUCAACGGCACGCUCAGUGCGCUCGACGUCGCUUCAUUUCCAAACCUGACCUGCUUCAACGUCAGCGACAACAAUCUCAUCGGCCCAAUACCGUCCUCAAUCGGCAAUCUAUCCCAGCUCAGGUUCUUGGACCUGGCAGGCAAUUUCUUCGAAGGGGCGAUUCCUCGCUCCAUUGGACAAUUGAGAAAGCUUGAAAAGCUUGAUUUGAGUCUAAAUGAGUUGACCUCUUCGAUCCCUUCGGAGCUUGGGCUCUGUGCUAACCUCACCUACUUAGCCCUUGCCCAGAAUUCAAUCUCUGGGGGCUGCCAUCUCACUGUCCAAUCUGGUCAGAUUUGGGAGCUUGAAGAAUUUGUUCCAGUUAUACCUUCUUCAAAUGGACCGAACAAUUUUCUCUCUGGGCAAAUUCCGCCCGAAAUCGGAAGUCUAACCAAGCUCAGAUAUCUCUACUUGGGCAACAAUUCGCUCUCCGGCCCCAUCACUACGGGGAUUGGGAGGCUCAAGAAUUUGCUCCAAUUAGACCUCUCAAGUAACAAUCUCUCCGGGCAAAUUCUGCCAGAAAUCGGAAGCCUAACCAAACUCAAUUACCUCUACUUGGACCACAAUUCACUCUCCGGCUUGAUCCCUAUUGGGAUUGGGAGCCUCAAGAAUUUGCUCCAGUUAGACCUCUCAAUAAACAAUCUCUCCGGGCAAAUUCCUCCGGAGGUCGGGAAUCUCACAUCAGUGACCAAUCUCCGCCUCAAUGAGAACCAGCUUUAUGGGGAGGUCCCCGAGACCAUCACUCGCCUUGCUAACUUGCAGUCGAUCUCUUUGUUCACGAACAAUUUCUUGGGAAGCAUACCACGCGAUUUUGGCAAGUACAGUCCUUCUCUGAGCAUAGUUAGCUUUUCUGACAACAGCUUCACCGGAGAACUGCCGCCAAAUUUAUGCAGUGGGUUUGCUCUUCAAUAUCUCACGGUCAAUGGGAAUAACUUCACCGGGCUGCUGCCCGACUGCUUAAAGAAUUGUUCGGGGCUAAGGAGAGUCCGUCUAGAGAGCAAUCAGUUCACUGCAGAUAUCACGAGUGCGUUUGGAGUUUAUCCGAAUCUGGUCUUUAUAACACUCAGCAACAACCGAUUUGUUGGGAAUCUCUCGGCACAAUGGGGAUGCACAAAUCUCACAAAUUUGCAGAUAGAUGGUAACAAAAUCUCCGGCAGCAUCCCCCAGAGCUUGAAAUUGUCUCAGUUGUGUGGCCUGACUUUGUACAACAAUGAAUUGACUGGGAAAAUUCCCGCCGAGAUGGGAAAUCUAGGGGAGUUGCUUAAUCUGAACUUGAGCAACAACCAUUUGGUCGGAGAGAUUCCCAUCUCAUUAGGAAAUUUAUUGAAGCUAAAUUAUCUUGAUUUGUCGAAGAAUGCAAUGAGCGGUAGCAUACCGAACGAGCUAGCAAAUUGCGAGAAUUUACUAAGCUUGAACUUGAGCAACAACAAUCUAUCAGGUGUCAUACCGUCGAAGCUCAGGAACUUGCUCGCACUACAGAUUCUCCUAGACUUGAGCCACAAUUCACUAGCGGGAUCAAUUCCGUCCAAUUUAGCGAAGCUUACCAAACUGGAAAAUCUCAAUCUUUCCCAUAACAAUUUAUCGGGUACAAUCCCAGCUGCUCUCACCAGCUUGGUGAGUUUAAGCUCAAUCGACUUAUUGUACAACGAGCUGACGGGUGCGGUUCCUAGUGGUCGCCUGUUCCAACAAGCACCGGGAAGUGCUUUUAUUGGGAAUUUGGGCUUGUGUGGAAACGUGACGGGAUUAUCUCCUUGUGGGACGAGCAGUAAAUCGACGAACCAUAGGGAAAAAGUUAUAGUUGGUGUAAGUGUUGGUGUUUGCUGCUUACUACUUCUAGCGACUCUAAUUACAGUGAUUUUGGCACUUCAGCGGCGGAAAAAGCUUCUCAACGAAGAGGAAGAGAUCAAGCAUCUUAAAGAGCACGAGAAAAUUGAGCAGAUCAUAUGGGAAAGGUUAGGGAAGUUCACAUUUAGCGACAUCGCCAAGGCCACCAAUGAUUUCAGCGAAGAGUGCUGCAUUGGAAAAGGCGGGUUUGGGAGCGUUUACAAGGCCGUAUUGGUAAUUGUUGCCGUCAAAAAGCUCAACACAUUAGAAUCCGGUAACAUACCAGCAGUCAACCGCCAGAGUUUUGAGAACGAAAUUCGCGUGUUGACUGAGGUCCGGCACCGCAAUGUGAUCAAGCUCCACGGUUUCUGUUUUAAGAGCGGUUGCAUUUACUUGGUCUAUGAGUUUGUCGAGAGAGGCAAUUUGGCAAAGGUCUUGUAUGGAGGAACAGGAGCAGCUGAAUUGGAUUGGGGUGCAAGGGUGAAGAUUGUUCAAGGCGUGGCUCACGCAAUCACCUACUUGCAUCACAAUUGCUCACCGCCUAUCGUCCAUCGAGACAUAACGUUGAACAACAUCUUGCUUGAGUCGGACCUCGAGCCUCGGCUCUCAGAUUUUGGGAUAGCGAGACUCUUGAAUUCAGGCUCGUCGAAUUGGACCAUAGUGGCCGGAUCUUAUGGCUACAUGGCUCCUGAAAUAGCAAUUACGAUGCGGGUAACGAACAAAUGCGAUGUGUAUAGCUUUGGCGUAGUGGCGCUAGAGAUUAUGAUGGGGAAGCAUCCAGGGGAUCUUCUCUCUUCUUUAUCAAUGACAAAAAAGUCGACAAUCUCAAAGGACCCAAAUUUGCUGUUGAAGGAUGUGCUCGAUCCGCGUCUUCCUCCUCCAACUGGCCAACGAGCCGAGAAAGUGGUAUUCAUCAUCAUGGCGGCACUGGCAUGCACGCGCACGAGCCCCGAUUCACGACCCACCAUGCAUUUCGUGGCGAGAGAAUUAUCUGCACGUGCUCAAACUUACUUUGAGCCGUUAGGCUCCAUAACUAUAAGCAAAGCUAUCGAAUCUUCAGGAGCAAAAUUUUAA